CCUCCUCCUGUCCGCAGCAUCUCUCAUUUCACUGUUUACCCCCACUCACAGAGGACAGUGUGUUUUUCCGUUCUACAGCCGCCGCACUGAAGCUACUUUCUACAGAAGAGAAGCCAAACGAUCGUGCCUCUCCCUGAUGAGCCAUCAGAAGAAAACAUCUGAAGGUCUGAAGAAGAACACAUGAAAUGUCAAAUCUCUUUUUCACUAAUCAAGUAAAGGACUAUCAUCACACAAACACUGAAGGAGGGAUCUUCAGAGGAAAGAAGUAUCAGCAGAGAGAGAGAGAGAGAAAAAAAACCAUUUGUAACUUUAUAAAUGGCUUCAGGAUUUUUUAGGUGUCUUUAAGAAUGCCAAAAGAUUUGGUCCAGCAUGAGCAUCCCAACUAAUUUUCAAGGACUGAAGAUUAACAUAGAUACAAGAGUGAAGAUGACAAACAAAACUCAGAUCCAGGUCAGCUUGUCUGGGGAUGAUAAUGCCAAUCGAAUGUCUUCAAUGAGCGAUCAAGAAGAAAGUGGUUUGGAGAGGGAUACAGUAUACACCUCAAGCUCCAUUCCACUUUUAGACUCUCAGAGUGAAGCCAGUCAAAAGGUUUUAAUUUGGGCAUCUGAGCAGCAGUGCAUGGAUUCUGGACUCAGAGAUUUCGAGCUGUUGGAGUCUCAGGACAUACACAUGUUAUUGGGAAAUAGGAAUCAGGAUGAGGAGACUGAGGAUGAUGAUGAUGGAGCAAGCACCAGAGAUGGAAAAGAUGAGGGUCCUAUGUCCAUAUCCUCCAGUUCGACUGCCAGCUCUGCUUCAACUGGUGGGAAGAGAAACGACAAUGACAGCAACAAAGUGGAGAGUAGAAUGCAUAGGAGCAAAGAUGUGCAAAAGAACACCUGUUAUAGCACUGAAGAGCUGGAUGCAUGUGUGACAGGCGCAAAACACACCAGGUCAGGAACAGUGGGAGAUAAGGAUAGACGGAAGGGAGGUUUGAAAGAGACCAAGUCUGAAACAAACGUGUUUGUCUCCAGUCUGUCAGCCAUUAGCCUCAGUGGGAGCCUAUCUAGUGCUCUGGAUUGUACUGGACAAGCACAGUCUCUCAUGUCUUUGUCCAACUCUAAGGUUAGCCCAUAUCCCAAUGUCAACCUGACUACCUCAGCCCAAACCAGAAAAAGGGCUCCUCCUGCUGAGGCCAUCCGCAACAAAUCACCUUUAGAUCUGCAGGAAAAGCAUGACCUGGAAGAGCGGUCCCAGUACCAUUGUCAAGACCAGAGACAGGAUGGAAAUCAUCCCAGAAAUGGACUGUCCUCUGAGGGUGGGCUGGGCCAAAGGAGAAAAGCAGGAUUUGAGGAGCGAGUUCUGCCACCCCGAAGACAACAGCUGGUCAGACCCCUCUGCCAGACAGAAAUGGGUAGAGGGAGGAGUUUAAUAGAGCUGAUCCCCAGUGUUCAACAAAGUGACACAGGACAAGUUCUUCCUCCAACUCCUCUCAAGACUCACACAGUUAUGAGACAAAUAGAAUGUUUACAAAAUCAUCUUUACGUGAACCAUCAGAUUUUUCUCACCUGUACAACACAUCUGGAGCGUCACAGCCCAGACAGCCAAACCAGGCUUCCAAGAAAGAUGCCCCACCAGUGGAAAAGCAACGAGCUACUGUCAUCUUCCCCUCCUCACUCCCCUCUUAGGACACCCCAGGGCUCUCCACGUAGACAUCCCUCCAUGUUCCUUCCUUCUAGGAGUGUCUCUGGAGUUGUCAGGCACACACAGUCAGGAUACAACCCUGUUUUACAGAUGUCAGCUCAGGGCUAUGGCAACAGUUGCUUGAGAGCACUGGUCAAAACUAAUAUAAGCACAACUGGAAUCCCCAAAGCGCCUCUUAAUAGCCAGCAGAGCUCCCCAAGCUCUAAUCACAACUCCAGUCCCAAAGAAAGCUCCCCUUCUCCUAAGCAUGCCCCAAAACCGAAAGGAGUUCGCCCAAAAAUCAUUACGUAUGUCAGAAAGAAUCCUCUGUUUAAGCCCCAGGUGGUUGAUGGGUCUUAUCAGGUAUCCUCUCUACCAUCAAAGCUCCCAGCUUACAGCCCCAGCUCUCUCAAAGAGACCACUAAGGACCCUCUCAAGCCUGAGGUAGAAACACGAGGAGCCCCAGUAAUCAGUGCCUCCAAUCUACUUUAUGACAAGUACCGCCAAGAGAUGCAGGCAAACAUCUUCCCAUCAGGAAUGAUAAGCAGGAGCAUCAGGCCCCCUGGGCACACAAAUACCAUCCCCCCUGCACAUACACACAGCCACCCGGGGACCCUGAAACUGGGUGGCAAAGCAGACAACUUCUGUGCGACACCAUCAGAGGUAACACGUACAUACUUCAUUGUCAAGGUUGGAAUGGAAGAUCUACCAGUUUUAAAGGCGGUUCCUCUGAUGACCAGCUGCAGCCCAGAACAGCAGACCAUGCUGGAGGGAGUGGCAGUCUGCUGCGGUCUGGAAGGGGUCUACGUCUUGGCCUGGGAGCCGUUACCAGGACAACCACUGGCUCAGCCAAGAUUCGAGGGUCUGGUCAAGGUUAGCCCAUAUCCCAAUGUCAACCUGACUACCUCAGCCCAAACCAGAAAAAGGGCUCCUCCUGCUGAGGCCAUCCGCAACAAAUCACCUUUAGAUCUGCAGGAAAAGCAUGACCUGGAAGAGCGGUCCCAGUACCAUUGUCAAGACCAGAGACAGGAUGGAAAUCAUCCCAGAAAUGGACUGUCCUCUGAGGGUGGGCUGGGCCAAAGGAGAAAAGCAGGAUUUGAGGAGCGAGUUCUGCCACCCCGAAGACAACAGCUGGUCAGACCCCUCUGCCAGACAGAAAUGGGUAGAGGGAGGAGUUUAAUAGAGCUGAUCCCCAGUGUUCAACAAAGUGACACAGGACAAAGUUCUUCCUCCAACUCCUCUCAAGACUCACACAGUUAUGAGACAAAUAGAAUGUUUACAAAAUCAUCUUUACGUGAACCAUCAGAUUUUUCUCACCUGUACAACACAUCUGGAGCGUCACAGCCCAGACAGCCAAACCAGGCUUCCAAGAAGAUGCCCCACCAGUGGAAAAGCAACGAGCUACUGUACCACGAGUGUCUCUGGAGUUGUCAGGCACACACAGUCAGGAUACAACCCUGUUUACAGAUGUCAGCUCAGGGCUAUGGCAACAGUUGCUUGAGAGCACUGGUCAAAACUAAUAUAAGCACAACUGGAAUCCCCAAAGCGCCUCUUAAUAGCCAGCAGAGCUCCCCAAGCUCUAAUCACAACUCCAGUCCCAAAGAAAGCUCCCCUUCUCCUAAGCAUGCCCCAAAACCGAAAGGAGUUCGCCCAAAAAUCAUUACGUAUGUCAGAAAGAAUCCUCUGUUUAAGCCCCAGGUGGUUGAUGGGUCUUAUCAGGUAUCCUCUCUACCAUCAAAGCUCCCAGCUUACAGCCCCAGCUCUCUCAAAGAGACCACUAAGGACCCUCUCAAGCCUGAGGUAGAAACACGAGGAGCCCCAGUAAUCAGUGCCUCCAAUCUACUUUAUGACAAGUACCGCCAAGAGAUGCAGGCAAACAUCUUCCCAUCAGGAAUGAUAAGCAGGAGCAUCAGGCCCCCUGGGCACACAAAUACCAUCCCCCCUGCACAUACACACAGCCACCCGGGGACCCUGAAACUGGGUGGCAAAGCAGACAACUUCUGUGCGACACCAUCAGAGAAUGGAAGAUCUACCAGUUUUAAAGGCGGUUCCUCUGAUGACCAGCUGCAGCCCAGAACAGCAGACCAUGCUGGAGGGAGUGGCAGUCUGCUGCGGUCUGGAAGGGGUCUACGUCUUGGCCUGGGAGCCGUUACCAGGACAACCACUGGCUCAGCCAAGAUUCGAGGGUCUGGUCAAGGUCAGAAGUCAACGCUGGUGUUCAGUCAGCCUGUGCAGCCUGUCAGUCCAGCGAUGGGUCAAAGCAGCAGAGAAAACACAGCAGAAGACCAGGUUUUCACCCAUCCUGCUGCUGCUCCAGUGACAUCCCAGCCCCAAGCACCUGCUUCCAGGCCUCUGCUUCCUAAAGGAAGUCAGUCGGGCCUACGCCCCCCAGGCUUCAGCACCAAUCGCCUCCCACCUGCCCGUCUAGCAGCCUUUGGCUUUGUACGGAGCUCCAGUGUGUCCUCAGCUUCCUCAACUCAGUCUGCUGAUGGUCCACAGACGGAAUACUCCAGGACAGCUCACCGUCUAAGUGUGAGUGAAGACCCUCCUCUGCAUAGAGUGACGAACAGUCCAGCAUCAACAUCUCACCAGCAUGUGGCACCAGGCAGAUGUAACAGCCUGCAGCCACCCUCCACCCCUGCUUUACCCCGGCGCUACCUGCCUCCCCAGCCAAGAAACUCCCCUGGAGUUGGUAGGAAAGAGUUUCAGCGGAGUUCAGAGGUCACCCGUUCCCUCCCCUCCUCCCCAAAGAGGCUGGCAGUGGUACCGCCCAAACCCCAAUCCCCAGUUCAGAGUGGGCAGCGGCCCCCAACAGCAGUGCUCGGGUCAGUUUCCCCCAGCUCCCCUCACCGUGUUGCCCUCUUAAGACCACAACAGGAGAGCCUGCAACAGGAAAAAGAGGAGGCUCAACAGAAGGAGAAAGAAAGAGAAGCAGAGGAGAAGGAAAAAGAGGAGCAAAGGCAGGAGGUUCAGAGGCUUCAGGGACGCUGUGAGCAGCAGGAGAGGCAGCUGAGAGCUGUAAAACGAGAGCUUAGAAAGACUUCAUUGGGGCUGGAAGCCUUUAUUAUCACUACCCAGCAUUACUGCCUCAAGAAUAAAACUUCAGAAGAAAAUGAGAGGAAAUUAUCAGUGGAAAUGCAAAAGAUCAGAGAGGAGCUGGCAUGCAAGACAGCACGAUGGGAGAGACUCCAGCGAGAAAAGACGACUCUGGAGGUGGCGUUUGAACGAGAGCUGCAGGAGUUACAGGUACAGCAGGAGGCGGAGCUUGCUGCUGUGGAGGAGGGCCUUAGAAAAUGUCACUCAGCAGAGGCAGAACAACUGAAGGCGGAGUAUCGAUCGGAGAUGGAGGAGCUGAGGACCCAGCAACAGGAACAGAUGGAGGAAUUGACAGCGAACCACCAGGCAGCUGUUCAGGAGCUCAGAGACAUGCAUAACAUCACCCUGGCAACACUGCAUGAGGAGCACGCCCGUACCAUGAGGGACUUACGGAAAGCUCACGAACAACAGAAGAUGCUUCUUGAAGAAGAUUUUGAGAAACUCAGACUCUGUCUACAGGAUCAAGUGGAUACACUCACAUUUCAAAACCAGACUCUGAGAGACAAAGCAAAGCGUUUUGAGGAGGCUCUGAGGAGGAGUACAGAUGAGCAGAUAGUGGAUGCUCUGGCUCCAUACCAGUACAUUGAGCAGGAUCUGAAGAGCCUUAAGGAGGUUGUGGAGAUGAAAAAUCAGCAGAUGCACCAACAGGAGAAGAAGAUAUCCGACCUGGAGAAAGUGCAGGCCCAAAAGAAUGUGUUCCUCGAGGAGAAGAUCCAGGUUCUGCAGCAACAGAAUGAAGAUCUGAAGGCUCGUAUUGAAAUGAAUCAAGCCAUGUCCAGACAACUGUCAGAGGAAAAUGCCAACCUGCAGGAGUCUGUGGAGAAGGAGAACACUGAGAAGAAGCGCCUGAGUCGAAACAAUGAGGAGCUGCUGUGGCGGCUCCAAACCAGCCCCCUCAUGUCCCCCUCCUCCUCUCCGCUGCACCGCUCCUUCUCCUCGUCCCCCGUCGCCUCCCCUCUGCUGUUCUCCUCCUCACCUGUGGCAGUCUGUGACUCCCCAACUCACUGUCAUGGCUGUCCCCAGCAGACGAACCCCACUCAGUACUCCUCACCCUCCCACCGAGGCACCACCAAUCAAAAUCUCUCCCCUGGUCCAGCCACACCUACUCGCAGGGCAGCAAGCAAUCAGAAUUACUCCCCUGGCCCGGCCACACCCGCUCACCGAGCGUGUCUCGGCUCCUCAGAGAGGUAAACUCACCCCUUCUUCACUUUCACUUCCUUCUUCUCUUCCCCGUUUUGAAUGUGAAUGCUGUUGUGGUGCACGAUGGAGAAAUAACAGAGUCUGUGCUCAAUGCUGCACAAACCCAGCAAGGUCACCAUGGAAACUCUGAAGUCACAGAGGCUCUGUUAUUUCUCAGGUUUGGUGUCCGUCAUGUAAAACAAUUACACAACUGUGUGCGCACACAAUCGCAGUGUGUAAUGUGGAGCCAUGAAGUGUGCAGCUGUAUGUACUGUAUGAUAGAAACACAGGCGGUGCGG